CAAGGGUCCAAGCGGAGUAUGAGCUUAUCGGACUAAGAAUCCACCGGCAGUAGAUACUGAUGGCUGCUCCUAUUGACCGUCAAGAGAUCGAUCGCGUGCUGCGGUUGAAACGCAACCAGCGCGAGGCUCGGGCGUGUUAUCCUUGUCGCCAGCGCAAGGUCAAAUGUGAUAACACGGUGCCGUGUCGAACUUGUCGUCGGCGCGGCCAUCCUCAAAUCUGUGUAUAUGAUCAAGAUCUGUCUGGUUCCAAGCCGGCCCGUAAUGCGGGCCAGCAGCGUCGCUCCACGGCUCCUCAUGAUUUGACUCGAACCCCGGAGGGACCCGAUCUCGAGCCUCAGAUCCAGCCUUCCGUUCGCAGUCAGUCCGAGACCCAGUCGCAGCCGAGACAGUACUAUGCACCCCGGAUUCCCUCAUCGGAUGGUCCUGAUAAUGACCUUGUCUAUUCGGGCGAUAACUCGGUGGUGUCCAUCCUCCGCCAUCAAACUCAAGACACCAAUGGCUCCAUGGCCCGUGAAGUGGGCUCUGUUCUGGGACUGCAAAACACCUACGGUAGUUACCCAUUCAUGGAGUUCAGGACACCUCAAGAUCGAUGGAAAGAACUUGUACGGAUUCUCCCGCAGCGAGCGGAACUGUUAAAGUUUUUUCAUUUCUAUCGUAUAUCGGCAUACCCCUUUAAUCCUAUAAUCAUAGAUAUUGAACGAUUUGAGCAGGACGUCUGUUCGUACCUCAAUUCCCUCGCAGCAGGGGAGUUGCAGGACACUGCACAAAUCUCCGAACGCUGGGCCACCGAUCGGUCUGUCGGACUCAUCAGUCUGCUACUUGCGACAUUGGCUUCGGGUGCACAUUAUUCUGAUCUAGAUUACAUCCAAAGAUCUGAACUAUGUCAGGAUUUCGCCAGGCGAUCUUUCCAAGCCCUUCGGCUGGCCAACUUCCUUUUCCGUCCGACCAUGGACAUCAUCCAAGCACUUCUCAUUGUGGGAAAUACGCUACAGAAUAGUGGGCAGUCGGAUGCAGCAUGGGCAUUGUUAGGAACGACGGUCCGUCUUGCGCAGACACUGGGUCUUCACACCGAGAAGAGUGUCGCACACCUGCCAGAUCAUUUGAAGAGCAAAGCACGGCGUUUAUGGUUCACUGUCGUCUGGCAAGACUGCCUGCUCUGCCUAUGCUACGACCGCCCUAGAGUUGUCUCUAUAACCGGGUGGGCUCCAGAUUAUUCCAUCCUUUCGAGAAGCGACUUGUCUUAUACGGAAGCCAUGUAUUUUCUAUGUCGCAUAGCACUGGGGAUGAUUACAACCGACGGCCUUGAGAUACAGCAAAGUGCGCAGCAGUUGGAUAUUUUGACCACCAUUGACAGUCUGUAUCAGCACACGCAGCCACAUCUGCGAGACCGCCAGGAUUGCAAAACACUGCACCACAACUUAGAGCAUAUGGCGUUGAAAAUGCACGUGUCUCUAGCCAUAUCUGUGUUGACUCGACCGGCACUGAAACGCACUGCAGUACGAGAUUCGUCGUAUGACAUCUUACGGACACGCGCCAAGAUGAGCCUGAUCGACGCGUCUAGAGCCUUUUUAGACUUCCAGGCAUUGAGUGUGGUUCCUCUUCGGAGCUGGUCAAUGGUCCACACCGUCCUUAGCUCCACUCUGCUCCUCUGUAUCUGGGAGGAGACCCGGAAUGAUGCUGAAUGCCGUGAUUUGCAGCAGAAAGUAAUCGAGGUCUUUUCUGCAGCAGGCUCGGGCACAGUGGAGAAUUCGACAUCGGAGAACAGACAAUGGUUAUCAGAACGGCACAUACGGGCGUUGAUUACCCUGCGCAACGCGGUGCGGACGGCGGUUGACCGAGAAAAGGAGGACGGAAAUGUCGGGACAGAACGCGUGGAGCAGCUCGAGUCAUUUGUGCCGGCGUACGGAAUGCCUAACGGGUUCCCGGAUGAUUUUGGCCAGGACUUUUCGCCUACAACAUACCUUGAUUCGAUUAUGAACGUGCCGCUGUUUGACCUCUCCAAGGAGUUGGACUUUCUCUGA